AUGAAGCUCGACCACGACAAGGACACUAGUCCUGGCGCCACAUUUUACUACUGCUCCAUCCACCACGUCUAUCAUUGCGUCGCAGUGAGGGCCCAUCGGCGUCUUCCCCAGCCACCCUGCGGGGAGUGCGCCUGGCUCUUCUUCAAGUUCCCUAAAGAAGCCGCCAAGCAUCCCGAGUCUGACAUUACCGCCACCGUCGGACCUGGUGACAUACCAGCCAUCGCAACCGCGACUACUUUCAGCCGUAGAGAUGUUUACGACCGCCUGUUUGACUUUGAGAAUAGCACUACGAUCAAUGCUAGUUCUGUUACAAUGCCUUUAGAUAGAAACAAGCGUCCAACAUUAACCAUAGAGGAGAUACUCGACAAUCUCAACGAACGCGCCCGUAACUACCACAACACGUCACAGUCCAAUAACUGGAAGCACUAUUCCGGGUCCGACGAGUAUGACGCCUAUGUAACAGACGCAGACGGCGAUGUCAUCAUGCAGGAUGUCACAUCUCCGUCAGAACAGCAACACAACUACCUUUCCACGAUCCCUGCUAGCAGAGUUGUACACUUUCCUAUCCGACGACGUCGCGACGGAAGCCGGUGUGACUUCUUGCAGUUUAUACCGUACGACAACCCGGCUGUUUUCGAUGUGCAGCCGGCACAAUGGCACCGUGUCCGUCGAGGAGUCUUCCUGUUCCGAUAUACGGACUACAGAGGAUGGCCUGCUGUGCAGCCGGUGGCGGAUGAGCGCCGCAUCAAAGCGUAUUUCAAGCCCCUUGAUGCCAUUGAAGGAGACGGGAGAUGCGACAGGGUACUAAUAGAGGCACGUUGGUGGUGUUGUUGGGCCCAGGGCAUCACAUUCCUGGAGCCAGAGCUACGGUGGGUUCUAACACUCAUUUUUGACCUAAUUGGAGUUCUCAUCGAGAAGCAGUGGAAUGCUACGAGAAACUCGAUAAUAAAAGGAGCUUACGAUUCGGUCCUUAAACAGUUGUUCUGGGAAGGCCGGUCAUAUCUCCACAGCUUAAUGGCUAUCGUCAAAGACAUGAAGGAAUGGUUUGGCGUCGAAAACUUGACGGUUCCCCAGUUUCCCAGCAUUAUGGAAGCUUGA